GUUCAUCACAAAAAAUUAUCUCCACUUACAUACAUUAUUUAUCUUCACUUACAUAAAACUGUUACCAUAAUGAAUUUUUUUAACGAAAUAGUUUAUAAAAUAUAAUAAUAUAUACUGUAUCGAUCUACUACUUAGGCAAAGCAAUGUCCACGCCGCCGCAGCAGCAACCCGUUGAGGACAAACCCGAACUCCCUUCUCCGGCGGCGGAAGCGGAAACAGAGAACGAUGAGGAGGAAGAAGAAGGCGAGUGCGGGUUCUGCCUGUUCAUGAAAGGCGGUGGUUGCAAGGAUUCCUUCAUCGAUUGGGAAAAUUGCGUGCAAGAAGCCGAGAAGAACAACGAGGACCUCGUCGAAAAGUGCGCUCAGGUCACGGCGAGGCUCAAGCAGUGUAUGGAUGCUCAUGCCGAUUACUACGAACCCAUUCUCCGCGCCGAAGAACAAGCCCUCGCCGAAUUGGAGAAUGAGACCCCAAAAGAGGACCAAGAGAAAGUGAAGUGAGAUCCAAUCCAAUUUUCUGAUUCUGUUUCAUGUUAUACUUGUAUUAUUCAAGAAUUGUUGUCAGUGUAUGAGAGAGUCUCAAUUUUUUGUCACAAUAAUUGAAAUUUGUUUAUUUGAUUGUAUUCACAGCUUUAUGAUAUGAUGGGUAAUCUAUCUAUGUUCAA